AUGGAAUGUUACAAAGCGGAAAACCGAGCCAUCAAAACGAACCAGGAUAUCUUGCCAACAACGCCUUUGACAUCGUUGUUCAAAAACGAUUUCUGGGGCACACCGCUGACACACAGCGGAUCACACAAGUCGUACCGACCUAUGUGCGUAUUGACUUUUCGCCUAAACCACUGGUUGGGUGGCUUUGAUCCUUGGGGAUACCAUCUCACGAAUGUGCUGCUACACACCCUGGUAUCUGCAGCCUUCACGAACCUGGCUGCCCAGAUAUUCCUGAAGAGCACAUUGCCAAUCCUUGUAGCUGGCUUGCUGUUUGCUGCUCACCCAAUCCAUACCGAAGCAGUGGCUGGAGUAGUGGGAAGAGCAGACGUAGGAGCCUGCCUUUUCUUUCUCUUGUGCAUAAUGUUUUAUAUCAAGUACUGUGAAUACAGAAGCAUACCAGAUCUCUGUUCACGCAGAUGGAUUUACUUGUACGCAUCACUGGCAUGCGCAGCUUGUUCAAUGUUAACCAAGGAGCAUGGUGUCACUGUUCUUGCUGUGUGUGUUGUCUACGAGGUGCUCGUGUAUCACAAGGUUGCCCUCAGAGAGCUUAUCAACAUGCCAUUUAAGAAACGAUUCCAAAGCAUGAGAGAAGGCUUGCUACAUUUAGCAGGAACAGGAAUCACCCUUCUUGGUCUCCGGCUGCACCUUAUGGGAAGCAAACCACCUGAUUUUGCCCCUGCUGAUAAUCCAGCUGCUGAUAGUGACAGUUUGCUAACCAGGACGUUAACCUUCUUGUAUCUACCAGCUUUCAAUUUCUGGUUGUUGCUUUACCCCCGAUGGCUUAGCUUUGACUGGUCAAUGGAAGCUAUACCACUUUUAACAUCACUUUUAGAUAUCCGAAACUUAGUAAGCGUCAUUUUCUACGGAUCUCUCUUCACAUUUGCCUGUUGGCUGGUAAAAUCUUACAACAGGCGAUUAAACAAUAACAGUGCCUUUUAUAAUUCCAAUUCAACCAAUGGCCAUGCGAACUCUCACAUGAACCAUGCUUCAUCGUCAAGUGUAGCAUCUUCUAAUGGAAAUGCAGCUGGCCCAUGGUGUCCAUGUUUUGGCAUUACUCAGAGACUUGCCUUAUCUUUGUCUUCUAACAACAACCACAAGUCAAACCGAAAACAAACGUCUAACAACUCCAGCAAUAGCUCAAGCUAUAUGAACGGUCAUCGAGUUUCCAAUGGGAAUGGACACUGCCACCAGAGUACAGCUGUAUACCAUAAUGGCAGUUCGUCAUUCCACAAUGAUGGUAUCAUGGAAAAUUUCAAGUCCCACGUCCACGUCAUGGCAGCUAGGUCAGCGUUUACUGGUCCAGCUGACAUCGUGACGUUUGCUUUGGCACUUCUUAUACUCCCUUUUAUUCCAGCCACGAAUUUAUUUUUCUACGUGGGAUUUGUUGUAGCAGAAAGAGUUCUUUACAUUCCCAGCAUGGGAUUUUGCUUACUCGUGGCACUGGGGGUUGAUCAUUUAUACAGAAGGCAAGAGACAGUCUGCCGAAAAAGAAUCGUCUUGGUUGCAGUUGUCAUCCUGCUUGUAGCCAUGUCUGUGAGAACAGUAAUUCGAAAUGAUGAUUGGCUGAGUGAAGAAAAUCUAUACCGAUCAGGGAUUCCUGUGAAUCCACCAAAAGCCUAUGGAAAUUUGGCCAACAUUUUAAGUGGACGUGGACAAAAAGCGGAAGCUGAAUGGGCUUACAAGAAAGCAUUAAGCUACCGCUCAAAUAUGGCUGAUGUUCGAUACAAUCUUGGAAUAUUAUUGCAAGAGCAAGGGCGAUAUGAAGAAGCAUUACACAGCUACAAACUCGCUAUUCAAUUCAGGCCUCGCCUUGCAAUGGCUCACUUAAAUAUGGGUCUCGUUCUCGGAAUUCUGGGAAGAAAAGAAGAAGCCGCUGAGGUGUACAGACAUUGUGCUGAACUAGAUAGCGCUGGAUUGAAAGACCCAAAAAUGCAUGAAAGUACUAGAAUUUCUGCCCUCUUCAAUUUGGGGAGAUUGUAUGCAGAUGAAGGAAAAUACGAGGAAGCUGUAGUAGUGUAUCACGAAGCAGUGCAGAAGAUGCCAGAGCAUUAUCAACCUCAGUCAUUAUAUAAUAUGAUGGGAGAAGCAUAUUUCAAAAUGGGGCAUUUCAUGGAUGCUGAGCACUGGUACAGAGAAGCCCUCAGAGUAAAGCCUGACCAUAUACCGGCACAUCUUACAUAUGCAAAAUUGCUUUCUAAAUGGGAUCGAUUAGAAGAAGCAGAGCAAUGGUUUCUGAAAGCAAAAAAUAUUGCUCCCAAUGAUUCCAGUGUCUAUCAACAUUACGGCCGAUUUUUG